CUUACUCAUACCAACUUUUGACUAAGCAGAUUUGAUAAAACGACAUGCCAGUCACCCACUGCUUACUUUUCUCAUUUCUCACCCUCUUCGCCUAUUUACCUCGCCGAUCUAAUCAUUUUGACUGCUUCUUAUCUCUGCAAACCACCAUUUUCAUGGUCUAAUCCGCCAUGGCCGCCGUAGAUCUAAUCAUGGGCUUCAGAAACACCACCUCCGACGAAACCAACGCCGUCCAAGAAGCUGCUUCCGGCCUUGAAAGCGUCCAAAAGCUCAUCCGUCUCCUUUCCCAAUCCCAGUCUCAACAACAAAACCAAUCGCCGGCGGAUUAUAAAGCUGUCGCCGAUGUCGCUGUUACCAAGUUCAAACGGGUUAUCUCUUUGUUGGGAAGACCCAGUCGGGAACUCACCGGCCAUGCCCGGUUCCGACGAGCACCUAUUAAUCAUGGUGGUUAUCUGAAUCAUAAUCAGACGAUAAUGAAGGACCACGACCAGGAUGAUGUCGUUUCGGAUGAAGGUGAGAAUAAAGUCUAUUGUCCAACACCUAUACAACAAGUACCUUUUGUUCCUCCGCCGCCUCCGGCGGUUCCGGCUACCGGUAAUCCAACGGCAGUGUUUCAGAGGAAAGAUUCUUUGCCUAAAACGAUUAGUUUCUCUUACUCCCCUGCGGUUUCUCGAGCUAGCUCGUUUAUGUCAUCGUUGACCGGAGACUCCGACGGAAAACAGCUCUCCGCCGGCGGUAAACCUCCGUUGUGUUCUUCUUCUUGUUUGAAAAGGAAGUGUAGUUCAUCGGAAAAUGGUGCUUCCGGCAAGUGCAGCGGCGGUUCUACUGGCCGUUGUCACUGUUCUAAACGAAGAAAGCUGAGAAUGAAGAGGGUAAUUAGGGUUAAGGCCAUAAGUAUGAAGCUCGCCGAUAUUCCGCCGGACGAUUACUCGUGGAGAAAAUACGGCCAGAAACCCAUUAAAGGAUCUCCACAUCCCAGAGGAUACUACAAGUGCAGUAGUGUGAGAGGAUGCCCAGCUCGGAAACAUGUCGAGAGAGCAUUGGAUGAUCCAAGCAUGUUGAUUGUUACUUACGAAGGAGAUCACAAUCAUGCUCUUUCUGUAGCAGAAACUUCUGGGACUUGUGUUAAUUCCCAUGCAAAUUGGAAGGGUAUUACAGUAGUGGAAGUUUGGUGA